AUGAUUACGACGGACGGCACACUGGUGGUGGGAGUUGACGUGGGAGGUACCAACACCGACAGCGUCCUGCUGGAUGUAUCCAAGUCUGGCACAGAUGCCGUUGUCGCCUCUCACAAAGCGCCGACCACAUCCAACGUGACGCUCUCUGUCCAGGCCACGUUGAGAGCGCUGCUGGACAAGUCAACCGUGGACCCUGUCGCCAUCACCGCACUCGCCAUCGGCACAACACACUUCCUCAACGCCAUCAUCGAAAGAGAUACGUCUCGCGUCGAAAAGAUUGCCGUCCUGCGCCUGGCCUCUCACAACUUCUCCACCGGAACCCCGCCCUUUGCAGACUGGCCCUCGGCCUUGAAGCGCAUCAUCAACGGCCACUCGGCCAUCAUCCCCGGAGGCUGCAACAUUGACGGCACCCUCAUCGGCCCGAUCGACGAAGAGGCCGUCAGGGACCAGGCGAGGCAGAUCAAAGCCAAGGGCCUUGGGAACGUUGCAGUCGUCGGUAUCGGCUGCAACACCGACAAAGACUACCACCAGGAGGACGAGGUAGAGAAGAUACUGCGCAGCGAGCUUGGCGAACAUGUCAACAUCAUUCUCUCCCACAACAUCGCCGGGCCGGGCCUCCUAGCCCGCGAGAAUGCGACGAUACUCAACGCCUCGAUCCUCAACUUUGCGCAGCGCACCAUCAGAGCCUUCAUCGGUGCCAUGCGCCGCAUCGGCCUCCGGUGCCCUUUGUACCUUAGUUCCAACGCAGGCCAUCUGCUGCCCUUCUCCGAGGCCAUGCAAGCCCCGAUCAGGAUCUUUUCAUCCGGUGCCACAAACUCCAUCCGGGGCGCCGCGUUCCUCGCCAGAGAUUCCAUCGACAAGUCUGGCAGCAUCGUCGUCGACAUCGGCGGAACGACUUCUGAUGUAGGCUAUCUUCUCAACAACGGAUACCCCAGGCUGUCCAAGAGCUACACGGCCUUGGCUGGUGUAAAGGUCAACCUGGAGAUGCCCUCUGUGGAGAGCAUCGGCCUCGGAGGGGGAUCCAUCUUACACAACGGCGAGGACGGCUCGGUGGCUGUUGGGCCUGACAGUGUUGGCCACGACCUCGUGACCAAGGCUCUCUGCUUCGGAGGUGACGUGACAACCGCGACCGAUGUCGCCGUGGCAUCCGGGGCCGUUAUCGGAAACACUACCGUGUCGCUGACGACCGACGUUGUCGAGAAAGGCAAGACCAGGAUUCGGAAAAUGCUCGAGGCGGUUAUCGAUCGCGCCAAGCUGUCCCCCGAGCCAUGCACCGUCAUCCUCGUCGGAGGCGGUUCCGUCCUCUGCCCUACAGAGCUCUCCGGCGUCAGCAGGGUCGUCGUGCCCGAGCACGCUGGCGUCGCCAACGCCAUUGGCGCGUCCAUCGCGAGGAUCUACGGUUCGGCAGAGGCCAUCAUCCACGGCUCCGACAUCCAGGGCGGCAUCGCGGACGUCAAAGCCAGAGCGAUCCAGCAUGCGGUGGCCAAGGGCGGAGAUGACAGGUCCGUGACGGUCCUCCAUGAAGAAGUUGCCGGAGUUCCCUACGUGCAGAACCAGACCUCCAUCAAGAUCGAGGUCGCCCUGCCUGCCGACCAUAAGCGAGUCUAUUCCGAGAUGGUUAAGACCGCCGCGCCGGACCAGCUGGUCGACGAGGAGAUGUUUGAAGAGACCAAGAAGCACGAUUCGCCAGCUUCGGAGGACGGUCCGGAAGGCGAGGCGGUGGACUUCAGGAGCUACAAGCCCAUGGUGGACUCCAACGGCCUGUGGUCGCUGUCCGAAACCGAUCUUCGUUUCUUGUCCAUCGGAUGCUAUAUUCUCGGAUGCGGCGGCGGCGGGUCCCCGUACGCACCGUACCUCGAACUGAAACAGCUCCUAGCCGAGGGAGAGUCGAUGAAGAUUGUCCGUAUAGAAGACCUCAAGGACGACGAGAUGAUGCCGCCCGUCGCCAGCGUCGGCACGCCAGCAGUGAGCAUCGAGCGCCCGGGGGGAGAUGGUGUGUGGCAUGCCAUGCAAGAGAUGGAGAAGGAGAUGAAGACAAAGUUUGAAAAGCUGAUAGCCACCGAGAUCGGGGGCGCAAACGGCGUUUCCACUUUGAUCUGGGGAAGCUCAAGAUACUAUGACAUACCGACAGUAGAUGGCGAUAUGAUGGGACGUGCGUACCCUCAGUUCGAGAUGGUGUCGCAGUACAUACACGCCAAAUCCAUCAACGAGCUCCUCCCUGUGACGCUCUGCAGCGGCACCGGGCACAACUUCGUCAUCCCGGCCACCCAGACCGACGAGACCUCCGCCGGCAUCGCCAUCCGGGACGCAUGCGUCGCAAUGGGUUCCGCGGCCGGCGCCGCCGGCCGUCCCAUUCCCGGGAAGCUCAUGCGCGAGGUCGGCAUCCCGAACACCUACUCGCUGGCCUGGCGUCUCGGACGCGUCGUCGCCCGAGCGCAGCAGGCCGGCACCGUCUCGACCGUGACAAAAGACAUCAUCGAGGCGGCCGGCGGUCCGGGAAGCGCCAAGGUGCUGUUCCAGGGCAAGAUCCGCAGCGUCGAGAGCACCCUGACCACCACGGCGCACAGCCUGGGCAAGGUCACUGUGGAGAGGCUCAGUGAAAGCGAGAUGGAGACGGAGGCGGACAGGGUCGGACAAGGGCUGGAAGAGGUCGUGGUCCCUUUCAUGAACGAAAAUCUCGGUGUCCUAGGCAAAUCAGAGGAUGGAGGCGAAACAACCCUUGCUACUGUCCCCGAUCUGAUAUUCCUUCUGGACACCUCCACGGGAGAGGCCAUCGGCGUUCAGGAGUACAGAUACGGACUGAAGGUCUCAGUCAUGGUUAUGGCGGGGCACCCGAUUUGGGCCACGGAACGGGCUCUCGAGAUCGCAGGCCCCAAAGUCUUUGGCCUGCCUCACGACUACAAGACAACGCUCAAGUACACGAAGCCGGUGAGCGUCAUCGACGAGUUCCGACUCUGA